AUGCGAAACGACAACCAACGAAACUCCACGUCCGGCGUUUGCCCGGAACAGCAGGAGAUUGGCGCCAUGAUGUCAAGCUCAGCAGGUACUCGAGGUCACUCCCAGGUAGCAUUGGAGCCCACCGGUAACCAGCCGGUGCAGAUGUCCGGCCUCGAAUCAUCACCCAGUGGACAGCAGACAGCAGCAGCGACCCCCUCCGUGCCUUUUGCUGAUUAUCCGCUCGUUUCGUCGUCCAGUAUGCCUUCGGUGCCCCAAGUAUAUACGGUCCAAAGUACUCCAGUGCCGAUAGCGUCCACAAUUGCUGUAAACAGUAGUCUACCAUCAACGGUCCCGCCUUUCGACUACACCCUGACACCUGCACCAGCGUCUCAGCCGUGGAUUAGUUCUCCGACGGCUCAACAACUCGCCGCCAGACACAUCGUUCCCAAAGAACUUCCGAUCUUUUCGGGCGAUCCUGUCGAGUGGCCGUUGUUCAUGAGCUGCUUCCAGAACACAACCCAACUUUGUGGAUUUUCACACGGCGAGAACUUGAUGCGUCUGCAACGAUGUCUGAAAGGAAACGCGCUUGAAUCAGUGAGAAGCCUGCUUCUGGAACCAUCAGCGGUCCCCAUGAUCUUCACGACUCUACAAACGCUUUAUGGACGUCCCGAUUUGGUAAUCAAUUCCCUACUGCAAAAAGUGCGUGCAACCCCAGCCCCAAAACCGGAAAAGCUGGAAUCCUUGAUAUCAUUCGGUCUCGCCUGUCAGAAUCUGUGCGGGCAUCUACGUGCAGCCGGUCAGCAGGCCCACUUUUCCAAUCCAGCCCUAUUGCAGGAGCUGGUGGGAAAAUUACCGGCGAACAUCAAGUUGGACUGGGCUCUCUUCAAACAAAAGUGCCCGGUGGUCGACCUUGGGACCUUCGGUGACUACAUGGCUCAAUUAGUUAUUGCUGCGAGCGAUGUUGCUCCUUUCCAACCAUCUGAUGUACCUCACGGUAAUUCAGAGAAUAGGAAGGGAAAAGAAAAGCUGUUCGUGAACGCUCAUUCCUCUGACAACCCGCAGGAUUUCGUAGAUGAACGUCAACGAUCCAGCAGUCGCGAAACAAAGCAGUACCCAGGAAAACCAUGCCCAAUUUGUGGAAAACCAGGACACAAGGUUCGCGAAUGCGAAGACUUCAAGAAUUGUAGUUUGGGCGACCGUUGGAAGCGUGUAGAAGAGCAUCGUUUGUGUCGACGGUGCUUGAUAGCACACGGAAAAUUUCCCUGUAAAGCUUCGUCAUGUGGAUUGGAGGGAUGUGCAGAACGGCAUCACAAGUUGUUGCAUCCAGGCCGGCCGCAACUAACAGCACCAGCUAGGAAUCCGUCAGCAACCGAGACAGCCAACGUCCACAACGAUAGUAAAGUAAUCACGCUCUUUCGUUUCGUACCCGUGACGUUGUUCAACAAUGAAAAGUUUGUCCACACGUUUGCCUUCUUGGACGAAGGCUCUUCGUCUACUUUGAUCGAUGCACGAAUUGCUCGUGAGCUGGGAGCUUCAGGUGAAGCAUAUCCACUCUGCCUACAGUGGACCGGUGAAGUGGAACGCACAGAGGAAAACUCACAGCUGAUUCGUCUUGAAAUAGCAGGACGUGGCGCGCAAAAACGACAUGUGCUGAAGGCGGCUCAUACCGUGGAAAAACUAUGUCUUCCCAGUCAAAACCUGCCAUUCGGUCAACUAUCCGAACAGUUCCCGUACCUCCGUGGUCUACCUGUUGAAGGAUAUAGUAACGCAGUUCCAACCAUCCUAAUUGGCUUGGACAAUACGCAUCUAAAAAUUCCUCUCAAAACUCGGGAAGGUAGAAUCGGACAACCGGCAGCAGCGAAAACCAGAUUGGGAUGGACGGUUUAUGGUCCGAUUUCUGGCCAGGGUUCCCCUUCGGAACAGUGUCUUUUUCAUCUAUACCACGAAGCUCGGAAUUCUGACGAUGAUCUGCACGAUCUGGUGAAGGAUUUUUUCUCGACGGAGAACGUUGGCGUUGCAGUUGUUCCUGUACUGGAAGGCUCCGAUGAAGUACAUUCGAGGAAGAUGCUGGAAGAUACGACUACCCGUUUGUCUUCCGGACGGUUUCAAACGGGUCUCCUCUGGAAAUACGACCACAUCGACUUCCCAGACAGCAAACCCAUGGCGGAGAACCGGAUGAAAUCUUUGGAGCGUCGUCUCUUGCGGAAACCGGAGCUGUUCGACAACCUGAAGCAGCAGAUAAUCGAGUAUGAGGAGAAGGGAUAUGCGCACAAAUUGUCCCAAGAAGAGAUAUUGAACGUGGAUCCUAAAAGAGUAUGGUACCUCCCCUUAGGGGUGGUAGUAAAUCCCAAAAAGCCUGGUAAAAUACGCAUCGUUUGGGAUGCGGCGGCGACAGUUCGAGGACAGUCACUCAACUCCGCCCUGCUUGCCGGACCUGAUUUGUUAACUUCACUUCCGUCUGUUCUCUCCCGAUAUCGUCAACGGCAAGUCGCUAUUAGUGGAGAUAUAAGGGAGAUGUUCCACCAGUUCGAGAUCAGACCGGAGGACCGACAGGCGCAACGAUUCUUGUUUCGAAGCGAUCUGUCGAAGGCACCAGAUACAUACGUAAUGGAUGUUGCAACGUUCGGCGUGACUUGUUCACCCUCUGCAGCACAGUUCAUAAAGAACAGAAACGCAAAGGACUUCGAGUCUGAGUACCCCGAGGCAGCUGCUGCUAUUGUUUAUAACCACUAUGUGGACGACUAUUUGGAUAGUCUGGACACUAUCGAUGAAGCCGUAAAUCUAGCACUUCAGGUGAAAACGGUGCACGCCAAGGCUGGUUUCCACAUACGGAACUGGAUGUCCAAUUCUAAGGAAGUUUUGUCACGGGUCGGGGACUCAGCAGAAGAUCAAGUAAAAAGCUUCAGGACACACACUUCCUCGACGUCCGAACGCAUUCUUGGAAUGAGUUGGUCUCCCGAGUCAGAUGAAUUUACGUUCAGCGGACUCUUCCGGGAGGAGUUAAUGCCGUUACUCGGAGGGAACGUUAUAUUAUGGUUACCAACCCUGGUGAUGAGUAUUUUUGAUCCGCUUGGACUGGUGUCUCUCGUCGUGGUGCACGGAAAAAUACUCAUUCAAAAUGUGUGGCGAGCAAACAUUGAAUGGGACUCAAAAAUCAACAACGAACUGUUCAGUGAAUGGCGUCGAUGGAUCCAGCUUUUGUACCAACUCAAUGCCGUAAGAAUACCGAGAUGCUACUUCCCAGGAUAUCUUCCGGAUAGCUUCAACACUCUGCAGCUACACCUGUUUGUCGACGCCAGCGAGGAGGCGUACGUAGCAGCCGCUUAUUUUCGGAUUGUGGAUCAGUCGCAAGUUCGGUGCAUCCUGGUUUCUUCAAAAACUAAAGUAGCUCCAUUGAAGCCCUUGUCCAUUCCCCGUCUAGAACUGCAGGCAGCACUACUUGGAAGCAGAUUAGCGAAGUCCGUAGCGGAGAAUCAUACUCUACCCAUCAAGCAACGGUUCUUCUGGAGUGACUCAACCACUGUUCUGUCCUGGCUACAAUCCGAUCAACGAAAAUAUCGUCAAUUUGUAGCGUGUCGAGUUUCAGAAAUUCUGGAUUCCACGAAGGUCACCGAAUGGCAGUACGUUCCCUCCCGUGAAAAUGUGGCAGAUGACGCCACUAAGUGGAAAGAUGGGCUUCGAAUCGACAAUAGUCAUCGCUGGUUCAGUGGGCCACAUUUCCUCUACGAUUCUUCCAACAUGUGGCCCCAACAGAAGAAGCUAUCUAGCCCAACUGCGGAGGAGCUUCGGCCGAUGCACAUUCACAAAGAAAUCAUACAUGAUCCGUUGAUACAGUUCUGUCGUUUCUCAAAAUGGGAACGUUGUCUACGUGCAGUUGCGUAUGUCCACAGAUUCGUCGAUCAACUGAAGCGGAAGACGAAUGGAGAUCCAGACGAUGCGGAAGCUAAGGAGGUUCAGCUCUUUCUUACCAGGGAAGAACUUCAGCGCGCGGAACACACAAUCCUGAGGUUGGCACAAUUGGAAGCUUUUGCAGACGAGGUCGCCACUAUGCAAACUAAUCAAUCUCUGCCAUCAAACCAACGUCAACGACUCGAAAAAACCAGCAAGCUCUACAAGCUGUCGCCUUUCUUGGAUGAGCAAG